AUGGUCACAUUUGAUGAAGAAAUUUACUCCCCUGAGGAGUAUGAGGAAAGCUGCAACCCGUUGGAUGUACACCCAGCGGCUAAAGGAAGAGGGGUAUACGUCUCGGUGAAGCCUAAGGAUAAUAACCAGCCACUUGGCCUGACAGCUUACACGGACGGGUCAAAGUUGGAGGAGAAAGUGGGCUGUGCCUACGCCGCCAUGAGGCAGGGGUUCAUCAUAGAAAAAUGGAAGGGCCGGCUCAGACAAAACAACAGCGUUUUCCAAAGUGAAGCCUUGGCCAUAUUGCAAGCAAUCCACUAUGUACAUUCCAUAAGAUGCAGGCAGGCCACAGUAAAAACUGACAGCUUGUCAACAUUACAUGCGAUUUGGAACCCCGACCAUCCCUCUGAAAUUAUUCAAGAGAUACAGAAGGCCCUUAGAAAUAAUCCAAAUUUUAAGAUUACAUUAGAAUGGAUAAAAGCACACGCGGGCCAUGAAGGGAAUGAAAUGGCAGAUCAGCUUGCCAAGGAGGCCACCACAGAAACAGCAAUAGCAGAGACAGUUAUACCAUGGCCGCGUUCUUACUUCAAGCGUACGCUGAGAUUGAAAGCCAUGGGGAAGUGGCAAUGUGAAUGGGACGAGAGCAACACAGGGAGGAGGACCCAUUACUUCUGUGGUUAUGUGGACACAGACAGAAAUAUAGCAAACACGCAGCUCGCAAGGUUUAUCUCAGGGCACGGUCCCUUUCCUGACUAUUUCUACAAAACGUGGUUUCUGCAAUACAAGUCAGUGCGCAUGUGGAGGACCGGGCUCGCCAGAGCAUUACUUGGAGACAUGCCCGCUGACUGA